AUGUGGGAGUGGACGGGGCUCACAAUGCCUUUUGAGGCGCCUCAAAGGACGGGGCUCACACUGCCUUUUGAGGCGCCUCAAAGGACGGGGCUCAAAAUGCCUUUUGAGGCGCCUCAAAGGACGGGGCUCACAAUGCCUUUUGAGGCGCCUCAAAGGACGGGGCUCACAAUGCCUUUUGAGGCGCCUCAAAGGACGGGGCUCACAAUGCCUUUUGAGGCGCCUCAAAGGACGGGGCUCACAAUGCCUUUUGAGGCGCCUCAAAGGACGGGGCUCACAAUGCCUUUUGAGGCGCCUCAAAGGACGGGGCUCACAAUGCCUUUUGAGGCGCCUCAAAGGACGGGGCUCACAAUGCCUUUUGAGGCGCCUCAAAGGACGGGGCUCACAAUGCCUUUUGAGGCGCCUCAAAGGACGGGGCUCACAAUGCCUUUUGAGGCGCCUCAAAGGACGGGGCUCACAAUGCCUUUUGAGGCGCCUCAAAGGACGGGGCUCACAAUGCCUUUUGAGGCGCCUCAAAGGACGGGGCUCACACUGCCUUUUGAGGCGCCUCAAAGGACGGGGCUCACAAUGCCUUUUGAGGCGCCUCAAAGGACGGGGCUCACAAUGCCUUUUGAGGCGCCUCAAAGGACGGGGCUCACACUGCCUUUUGAGGCGCCUCAAAGGACGGGGCUCACAAUGCCUUUUGAGGCGCCUCAAAGGACGGGGCUCACAAUGCCUUUUGAGGCGCCUCAAAGGACGGGGCUCACAAUGCAAUGCACCUUUGAGGAUUGUCAGAAAGGGCUUGGCUUACAAUGA